AUGUCGCGGGUUCUUCUCGUUUUUCUGCUUUUCCAGCUGACUCAUGCCGCGCCGUCGCGACUUUUCAAUCAACCAAACGGUGAGCGGUGAUUCUCAACUUGAGACCAGACCAAGUUGGAGCAUACUUCUGUGCGAAUCCGACACUCCGCGAUGCCGUCCACGCAGCUAUGGACGUUCCAGCCGACAACCUCAGUGUCGAUCUCAUUCAGAACCAGAUUGAAGUUUUCCUUCUUUUUCGAAAAAAGAGAAUAAUUCAUUUUUUCGAUUUUGGAAUUCCUCCGCUAUUGCUUUUUUCAGGCCAAUUCUAGGUUUGUAUCAAAUCAUCAUGUUUUCAAAUUUUUCAAUGCAAUUAUUGAGAUGGGAUCUUUUUCGGAAAGCUAACUGCAAAAUUGGCAGGUUGUAGAUCAUGAAAAUCGAGGUUCAGUAAUAUGUGAAUAAAAAUGAAAUAUUGAAGAGAAAUUGUUUUGAAAGAAACUUUAAAAAAAAGGCGUAUAGGAAUCGCUGAAGCCCUACUUUUUGGCCAACGGAGGCGUGUGGCUGGUCUCGGCGGCCUCGUACCACCGCGUCAACGGCUACGUCGACGACCGCGCCAGCGAGUCUCAGACCUUCUGUGCCAUCAACAACAACAAUCUCAACGUGAACGUCGUCAUCGUACGCAUUCAAUAA